GCAUUUGUAGGUUGCACAAUCUCAUCAAAGGUAUAAAUAUGCCUGGCCUGGUUAACUGUGGCCAUACGGACAUGAUGAAGUUUGUGGUUCUUGCCCUCUUUGUUGCUAGUGCCUACGGGUGCGGCGUGCCCACCUUCCCCCCUGUGGUCACCAGGGUGGUUGGAGGAGAAGAUGUCAGGCCCAGCAGCUGGCCCUGGCAGAUUUCUCUGCAGUACAACAGACAGGGAGAGUGGAGACACACGUGUGGAGGUACUCUGAUCUCUGACCAGUGGGUCCUCACUGCUGCUCACUGUAUCAGCACUGGCAGAGAGUACAGAGUCGCCAUGGGAAAGCACAACCUGGUUGAGACAGAGGAAGCUGCUGUGUUUAUGGGCACCGCUAACAUCAUUGUGCAUGAGAAGUGGAACCCCUUGUUCAUCCGUAAUGACAUCGCCCUGAUCAAGCUGGAGUCCCCUGUCACCUUCUCAGACAGCAUCAUGGCCGCAUGUCUUCCUGCUGCUGGCGUCAUCCUCCCUCACAACGAGCCCUGCUACGUCACCGGAUGGGGUCGCCUUUACACUGGAGGACCCAUCGCUGACAUCCUGCAGCAGGCUCUCCUGCCCGUGGUGGAUUUUGCUACCUGCAGCAAGUCUGACUGGUGGGGUUUCCAGGUGAAGGAUACCAUGGUUUGUGCAGGUGGAGAUGGAGUUGUGUCUGGCUGCAAUGGUGACUCAGGCGGCCCUCUGAACUGUCAGAACAGCAAUGGUUCCUGGGAGGUUCACGGUAUUGUCAGCUUUGGCUCUGGACUCAAAUGCAAUUUAUUCAAGAAGCCCACCGUCUUCACUCAAGUCAGCUCCUACGCAGACUGGAUCAGCUCUAAAAUGGCGACCUAUUGAAAGGACAGGCUUUUGGAGAUCAAGGGAAAAGGGCACAUGUAAAAUAAAUACUAUUUUGAAGUACAAAA